AUGGGUGGUCCGAGCUUCUCUCUCUUUGACCUCACCUGCAGGGUGACUCGAACCAACAAAGGAAAUGACCGCAACCACAGUGCCAUCGCCGAUGGUUCUGCCCUCCCUGAAGAUCGUCUCCCUCGCUACUUCGCCAAACAUGGCCAUGUUGACGCCGAUCCCAAAGGUGUGAAGAAGCAAGGUGGUGGUAAGGGCAACUGGGGCCGUGAGGGCGAUGAAGUCCACGACUACGACUACAAAUUCACCAACGCUCGUCGCCGAUCCAACUCCAGCACUCAAGUCCUAGGUGAUUUCAAGACCAAGUUCGAAACCCUUGAUACCGAGCCCGUCUUCGAGGAGGGGUUGCACGGACCUACCGACGAAGACAUCGAAAAGGCCUCCACUCUGUCCAAGGAAGAGAGCACCGACUCUAGCACUCUGGGAGGGAGCCUCGAUGAUGAAGACAAGAAAUUGUAA